AAUUUGUACAAAUUAAAUAUUUAUUAUCUAAAAUUUCUGACUCCGUCACUAAAACAGAGAACAAACUUAUCUAUCUUCGUAUAUGAUCAAACCGCAGCGUCCAAGUGUUAUGGGUACGACGAACACGGAGUGAUGGUAGCGGCGGCCGACGAGGACACACUUUGGGACGGCGGCAACGCUUGCGGCAAGCGUUACAGAGUGAAAUGCUUACGCGGGACGAACAAAGGCGUUGAAGUGCCGUGCAAAGCCGGUCGGACCGUGACGGUGAAGAUCGUCGACUUGUGCCCUUCCGGCUGCCGGGGCAACAUCGACUUGUCGGCCGAAGCUUUCAAACAUAUCGCCGAUCCCGACGAGGGGAAAAUUGUUAUCUCCCUUGAAGAGUACGCACAACGUUAUAUAUUGAUAGUGUUUUUUCCCCCCACUCAGAUGAGGAUUCUGAAUGGAUAG